CUGUAAAUCACGCGAGGCACAACACGUCGAACGUCUCGCGCGCUCCUAUCCUCGACGCGAAAAAUAGACGUUUUAUGUUCCCGGGAAUCAUUCGGCAACAGACGCUACACUGUACGAGCGACACGGUCGGGGAAAAGACGCCGCAUCGCGCCCUCUGAGACAUUUGAAGAUCGAAUUAUAAAAUGCCGAUGUACCAGCGUCCUCCCUUCUGGCGCGUGCCGCAUCAACGACCCGACCCUGACGAUGAAUCUAGGAAAUUUGCCCAGAGAAAAGUCACGCCAGGCACACCGGCAGGGCGGGACCUCGCCAGAGGUGACAUUAUAGCCAAAAUCGACGACUACGACGCGCGGGACCUCCGACACGAAGACGCACAAAAUCUUUUCAAAAAUGCUCAGAACCAAAUCAAACUUGUUGUUCAGAGGGACGCGGACCGUGAGGUCCCGCGAGCUGCGCCUAUGGCCUCACGCGCACCUAUAUCCAAUGCUGUCCCACCACCAUUUAGGACGCCAAGCCCAAAAGCAGGGCAGGGCAAUGCAUGGCGUGGGCCGGAGUCCCUGCCGCGCAGCACUCCUCUGCUGCAGCCACAGCUCUCAGUACAGCACGAGGGGGAGUACAGGAGCAUAAUGCUCUCACCUGUCUCCUCUCGCAAUGACGAUGUUGUCGACGAGUCUAUCGGUAGCCAGCCAUACCGCACCACGCCGCUGGUGCUGCCGGGCGCGAAGGUGCGCCGCGAGCCGGGCCCCACGGAGAGCUACCUGCGCCACCACCCCAACCCGGCGAUGCGCGCGCCGCCGCACCACGACUACCGCGACACGCUCAUGAAGCAAAAGGUGGCCGAAUCGGUGUUGCAGCGAGUGGUCGGUGAAGAGGCGAAUAAGGUUGUGCACAAACAAUUUAACUCACCAAUCAACCUAUAUUCAGAACAGAACAUAGCUAAUUCUAUCAGACAACAGACGUCGCCUCUGCCCUCGAAGGCGUUCGACCCGGCCAAGUCCGACACGUUCCGCGCGCUGCAAGAGCAGGCGCCGCCCGCGCACGAGCUGCCGUCGCCGCAGACCAAGCUCUUCACGCAGCCCGCCAAGAAGCCUGUCCCUCCAAAAUCGAAACAACAACACGAGGCGAAACUCGCAGGAAAACAGACGACCUUCGUGAACUCGUUGCACGAAGAGCAUAUUCAGCAAUCGAACUCUUUCAAACGCCUUAUGUACAAUGUACUCGGUGAUACCGAAUUUUAAAACAAAUAUUUUAUCAAAAAAAAUCAAUGGUUCUGACAGAUUAUAUCCGGAACGCAUAUAAAAUCAAAAAAAUUCCAAGACAUUUUGAUUUUAAAAUAAAAUUUGAAACUGCAAUGCUUCUUAGUCGGUUAACGUAAAAGUUAUGGCCAUCUUGAUAUGACUGAUGAUUGUGAGCGAAGAAGCGGCGU